GCGCAGGCCCAGUGUGCGUGUAGCCGUUACGCUGGGCGCCUGACAUGGCGGCCUCCAGCUGGCUGCGCGCGGUCCUCCUGUUUCUGUGUGCCUCGGACCUUCUGUUGCUCCCUCCUCCCGGGGCCUCUGCGGCCAGCUCGCCCGGCGAGGCCACCCCGCCUCUACCGAAAAAGAAGAAGGACAUCCGCGAUUACAAUGAUGCCGACAUGGCGCGACUUCUGGAGCAGUGGGAGAAAGAUGAUGACAUAGAAGAAGGAGACCUUCCAGAGCACAAGAGACCCUCUGCACCCGUUGACUUCUCAAAGCUAGACCCAGGCAAGCCCGAGAGUAUCUUGAAAAUGACAAAGAAGGGGAAGACGCUGAUGAUGUUUGUCACUGUGUCAGGGAGCCCCACCGAGAAGGAGACAGAGGAAAUCACCAGCCUGUGGCAGGGCAGCCUCUUCAACGCCAACUAUGAUGUUCAGAGGUUCAUUGUGGGAUCAGACCGUGCUAUCUUCAUGCUCCGGGAUGGGAGCUAUGCCUGGGAGAUCAAGGACUUUUUGAUCAGUCAAGACAGGUGUGCUGAUGUCACUCUAGAGGGACAGGUAUACCCUGGAAAAGGAGGAGGAAGCAAGGAGAAAAACAAAACAAAGCCAGAAAAGGGUAAAAAGAAGAAGGAGGGAGAGCCCAAACCUCGGGCUUCCAAGGAAGACAAUCGAGCUGGGAGCAGAAGAGAAGACCUCUAGCUGGUGGCAAGCUUCCCAUCGGGCAGGAAAGACCAAGACAGCCCCUUAGAGGCCGAUGGGACAGGUGGAUGCAGGAAGCUGCAUACCGGACUACAUUCUCAUGUCUUCUAGAAAGACUUCUGUUCGUGACCCUCUGAUCAGUAUCACAGUUACUGUAUGAAAGGCUUCACAUGUGAAGGCAGGCUUUGUGAUUGGUAGUGGACACUGGCAAGUCAUGCCUACUCUGUCAUCACCUGACAUGGAAACUCGAUAGAUGUUUAUACCUCUUACAUCCAAUGAGUCCUUGACACCCCUGGAGUACCACUCCCUCCCUCCUCACCACACCUGCUGUGGUCCAGUGGCCUGCUGUGUCUGUGUGUCACAAGCUUAGGUCAGACAAACUUUGAGAACCUGUGGCUUGACUGAGGAAGGCAUUGACUGUUGAGCCGUUGACGACAAAUGUGCUGUAUGAGCAGUGUGGGCCAGCUCUGCACACCCAGGAUCCGGACAGCGAACUCAUGCAGGGCAUGCAGAUUGGCCAGAGUGCCAUCCAGAAAUCCUAAGCAGUCAUUCAGACGGCUUCAGCCCUCAUCAGUUCAGGGGGUCCUUUGUCUGCCAGUCUUCUGUGGUUGGAGAGGGGGUGCUGUUCUGCCUCGUGUGAGGAAAAAGGGUGUUUCAGUUUUGGGCUCUUGUUCUUCAUAGCCCGACAACUAUGACAUUGGUGAAGAGAGAGGGACCAGCAGAAUGUUCUAUAGCAGAGGACCUCAUCUGCAGUAUUUCUAAGUGGUUUUCUUUGAUAAAGUGCCUAAUCUUUGCGUUUGUGUGGUACUCUGAUGGUGUGCUACUGUUCACAACUGGUUUUUGCUGUUCAUAGUUUGAAGCCUAUCUAAAAGAACAAUUCUACGAGGAUGCCAUUUUUAAGAACUUACAUUCUUUAAAACCUCAGUUGUGAUUUUAAGAAAUUCAAAAUAGUACAUGUACACAUACAUGGCUAGAAAGUGUCACUGUUAGAAUGUCGCCGUGUGAAGAAUGCCCUGCCCUGCUGCCAGUACUUUGUCCCAGUGGAGUUACUGUUGAUCAUUGCUUUUUCAAAAAUAAAGUUCAUUCACAGGCUUCCA